GGUAUACCCCAAUUAAAGGGUUUUUGACAAGUUAGGUUUACGAAGAGUAUUCGAGCAGAGUCUGAAUCAGUUUUUGCCAAAACAAACAAACAAUCCCAUUCCCAUGGCUUCCCGCGGCGGCGCACCACCGGCGGAGGCUUUUCUAGCCUCUGGUCGUAAGUCCGAGAAGCUAAGCCUCACAUCUCUCCAAUCAAAGAUCAAGUGCGACCAUGAAGGCUACGAAUCAGAGUUACUCCUUGUCCGCAACCAAUUCCACUCUUCCCUCGAACUAUUUCAACAACAAGCCGCUAUGAAUUUCACUUCUAUCUCGGGCAUCGCAAGUGAUCCCACCGUUGCCAAAGACCUUGCCGAAAGAGCUAUGUUUCUUGCUCACGUUACUCCCUACUACCCUAACCACCUCGCCGAUUUCCCUCGCCAACUCGCCGAUUUACUUCGUUGCGCCGCGCGUACGCUUCCUUCUGGACUUCGUAAUGACCUAGCGAAAUCUCUUAUCCUUCUUAUUAAUCGACAGAUUGUUAAUAUUGGAGAAACUCUUUCGUUGUUCAUGGAGCUUCAAACCCUAGGUGACGCUGAGCUGAAGAAGUUAGCAUUUACUCACGUUGUUCAAAGCAUAAAGCGCAUGAACUUAAAGCAUAAGGACGAAGCGAAAAACCGUGCACUACAGAAUGUCAUUUUUAACAUGCUACAGCAAGAGGAUGAAGGUCGGGCCAAGAGGGCACUUGUGAUUUUAUGCGAGCUUCACAAGAAACAAAUAUGGUUUGAUGAGAGAACAGCAAAUGCUAUCUGCACUGCUUGCUUCCAUCCAUCGUCAAGAAUUAUGAUAGCCUCAUUAUGCUUUCUGCUUGAUUAUGAGAAGAUUGAAAACUACCAAGAUAGUGAUGAUUCAAGCAGUGACGAUGAAUCCACUGAAUCACCUCAAGUUAUUCUUAGAAGAGAGACAAUUUAUAAGGCAAACCACCAAGGUACGUCAGCUAGCAAAAAGAGAAAGAAAAAGAAAUUAGACCGCAUAAUGCGCAGCAUGAAAAAGAAACAGCGCGUUUCAUCUGAAAGGAGCAACAACAUCUAUUAUUCACCACUCAACCAUCUGAAAGAUGCCCAGGGUUUUGUUGAGAAGCUGUUCUCGCGUCUGCAGAAAUGUAAUGAUCGAUUUGAGGUCAAGAUGAUGAUGUUGAAAGUGAUUGCUCGAACAGUUGGGCUUCACCAGUUAAUUUUGUUAAACUUUUACCCUUAUCUUCAGAAAUAUAUCCAGCCCCAUCAACGAGACGUUACGAAUUUGCUUGCUGCAGUGGUUCAGGCUUGCCAUGAUAUGGUUCCUCCUGAUGCAGUUGAGCCCUUGUUCAAACAAAUUGUAAAUCAAUUUGUACAUGACCGCUCACGUCCAGAGGCUAUCACUGUUGGAAUAAACUCAGUCAGGGAGAUAUGCUUGCGUAUGCCACUGUUAAUGAAUGAAGACCUACUACAAGACCUUGCCCUAUAUAAGAAGUCACACGAGAAGGCAGUUUCAAUUGCAGCUCGAUCUCUGAUUACAGUAUUCCGACAGGUUUGCCCUUCACUGCUAGUUAAGAAGGACCGAGGGCGGCCCACUGACCCUGAGGCAAGACCAAAGGCUUAUGGAGAAGUCAAUGUUGCAACUGAUGUUCCUGGUGCUGAGUUGUUGCAGACCAAUGACGAUGAUGUUGAACAGGAGACCAAUGAUUCAUUAUGCAGUGGCUCAGACAAUGACCAGGAAGAUGACCAAAUAAGUAUAAAUCCUGAUGAUGAGAACCAGCUAGGAAGUGAUAAUACUGAAAGCGAUGAUGAUGAAGCUAUAGAUCAUGAUGUUGUAACAGAAGAUGAAAAUGAUAGUAGUUUUGAUUAUGAAACCGGUGUUGAUGAUGCUGAUGACGUUGAAGAUGAUCUAGAAGACGGCGAAGAUGAGUCGGAUGAAGAUGAUGGUGAGAUUUCGGAACAUGGAGAUGAUGAUCCGCAUACAUUUAGUCAUGAUGGAAGUGUGGAGACAAAAGCUACAUUGAAAGACUCAGCAAAAAAAAGGAAGUUUAGUGAUUUCAAUGCUCAACUUACAGCUGCUGAUACAAGUCUCCGGGCUUUGAAGAAAUUGGCAGGGACAACAACGGAAAAUGUCCUACCAGAAAAUGAAGAUGGAAUUCUUUCUAAUGCAGACUUCCAGAGGAUCAGGGAACUAAAGGCAAGAAAUGAAGCAAGAACUGCAUUAGCGCAGCAUGGGCUUCUAAAGUCAUCAACAAAUAAGAUUCCAAGCUCUGAUCAAUUAAGUUUAAAGCGAGUGGAUGGUUCCAUGCUUGAAGUUCAUGUAAAGAAAAAGCUUAACAAGGCAGAGAGGCUAGCUAUGGUUAAAGCAGGGAGGGAGGAAAGAGGACAGUACCAUGCUCGAGCAGCUGUGAAACAGAAAAAGACGGGUGGUCUAAGUAACCGACAAAAGGAACACAAGAAAAGUAUGCCUUUAGCUGCAAAGAGAAACAGGGUAGCAAGAUCUCAGGUGGAGAAAAGGAAAAAGAAGCAGCAGUCCGGUAAACAGUUCCGUGGGAGGAAAGCGUGGCAAUAGGAAGAGCAACAAAUACGGGGGUUGCAUCAUAAAUUUAUUCUUUUUAUUCUUAAAUUGAACCCUUGGUCUGUUUUUUCCGUACGUUGUUUUUUUUUUUUAUUGUACUCAAUCAACGAGAUAAUGCUUGAUUUAUGUUAUAUUAAAUUUUGACGGUAAUAUUUUUCAAGAUUCCUUACAUUAAAUCUUGAAAUUCGGCAUUUCAGAAGGUAAUUUCUUUUUCCUAGUAAAUGCUUCAUUCAUUGUAACUUUCUGAAAAACUUCAGUUACAAUGAGUGAAUUGAUUCUGAUUGCAUGCAUUAAUUAAA